AUGCUUCAGGUGUUCAACUGGACUCACCGAAACGCUGCCGCGCAGCUUGCUGAACAGGACCGUAAGGCACGAGAGGAAAAGGAGGCUGCCUUGAAAAAAGAACGAGAGGAGGCGUUAAAAAAAGCCGAGAAUCAGAUGACAGAUCUUGAGAGGAAGCAGGCAGAACAAGUCGCUCGUUUUCGCGUUACGAAGGCGAUUGAGACUGUUCGGAAUGCGAUGCCUGGCCUGCCAAAAGACCAGGCUGCUGAAGAGAUGCGGCAGGUCAUGACAGAGUGGCUUCCAAAAGUUGCUGGGGAGGCACAGCAGGAGUUCCUCGAGCAGGCCACGUCGGCUCUCGCUGCUAAGCCUCCGCCGCAGCAGCCAGAGCCUGUUGGCCCUUGCGGUGGCUGUGGUGGCGGCCCUGGUGGCCCUGGUGGUCCUGGUGGCCCUGUUGGCGGUCCCGGUGGCCCCACGGGUGGUCCUCCCAGCGGCCCAGGGGGUCCAUGCUCCGGUGCUGGCGGUUGCAAUAUUGCAGAGGGUUUGCCCAAGAUGAUGGGCGUUCCUGGAUUGGCAGAAGGCCAUCCAAAGAUGCAGGCCAUCCCCACAAAGGAGGAGAUGCAAAACAAGACCUUCACAAAAGCUGCAGGUCCGCCGAAGCCCCUCAGCGCCAUGCCACCUCCCAGUGGCAUGAUGAUGGGGGACAUGAAAGGAGGCAAGGGCGGCUGCGGCUGUGGGGGCUCGAAAGGAUGUCCUUGUGGUGGCUGUGGUCCUCUUGGCAAAGGCGGCUGCAAAGGAGGCUGCGGAUGCGGAGGCUGCUGCUUCGGUGAGCUCACUGGUGGCUGCGGCGGGCCCGGUGGUCCCCCUGGUGGUGGCCCGCCCAGUGGUCCACCGGGCGGGCCUGGAGGCUGCGGUGGAUACGGAGGCGAGUGCGGUGGCUCCUUUGGUGGCUGCGGCCCUGGCCCCUGCGGCAAAGGAGGUUGCGGCUACAUGGGAAAAGGUGGCUGUAAAGGUGGCCCGUGUGGAGGAAAGGGUCCCAUGAUGGGCGGAAUGGGACCAGCGAGGCCAAUGAUGGGUGGAAAAUCAUUUGGCAAAGGUUAG